GAAGCAUUAUUUAUUUUCGGUGUGUCCUUAGUUAAGGGACAGUAAACCAAAAAUAUAUCAUUUUAUUCUAUCGUUAUCAUGAAAAGUUUAGCACUUGUCACAAUUGUUUUUUUCGCCGUUUAUCAGGCUGUAUCAUCUGAUGGUCCUCUGUGUGAGAACCCAGACACUUGCGCCAAUCAAAAAUGUACAGAAAAUCUCGUUUGCAGUGAUUCCCAAAUUCUGGUUCACAAUGGAGGUAUUUGCGGAUGUUGCGAUGACUGCUAUCUAAAAUUAUAUGAAGGCCAAGCUUGCACAAAGUCUAGCCCACUUGCUUUUGGUAGAAAAAACCCCAAAGAAAAAUGUGCAGAUGGAUUAGUAUGUAAGCAAGGAAAAUGCGCCAAACUCAAUUCAUGAUUUAUGAACUUGAAGUUUUUUGUAGAUGAAUAAAUGAUAAAAAUAA